GCAGUUAGACCAUAACCGGGCACAUUUAUAAAAUUGAUGUAAAACCGGUCAUGCCAUACGUUUUCAACAGUAAUACCGGUCACAUAGUCAUCAUUAUCGGCUCCCUGUCCUUCCUGUAUAUACUCGAAUGUAUAGUUCAGUACUCGACUGUCAACCAACACAUCCCUCAAUAGUCUACCACUAGACGGUUGGGUACUUGUGUCACGAACUAUAGCUUUCCAGCAGUCAUAAGUGUAAUGAACAGAUAGGGGAUCAGUUUGAUCAAUGCUGGCACCCAAUACAAACCAGCCAACGGGUCCCGAAAGUACACCAACAGUAACAGCGCUUCCUGAAGCAAUACUGGCGCCAGCGGUACUAACGCCAGCUGUAGCUGCCGUAAAGCCGGCAGCAGUGGCCGCGCCUGUAGCUGCACCGGCACCAGCGCCAGCCAACGCAGCGGCUCCUGAACCACCAGCGAUUGCUCCGGUAACUGCGCCGGCUACUCCGCCAGCAGUGGCCGAAGUAGCUACAGCAACCGUGGUAGUGGCCGCUGUGCCCGAUGCUCCCAAUACAGCCGUAGUGAGGCCCGAUGCAGCACCGGCUGCGGCAGGACUGGCAGCACCACAGGUGGCAACUGUGGCAACAACUCCGACGAUUACAACAGUCAUCUAUAAUAACAAUUUUUAA